UUGUGGAGGAAGGGGCGGGGUCUCGGUGAGCGUGUCCCCCGUACAUGCCGUGUCCUGUCACCUCUCUGGGAUGUCAUGGAGGAUCGGGCGGCUGUACAGGACACGGAUGGGGAAUACGGAGCACAGGUCACCCCGAAGGACAAGCUGCUUCUCAUUAAAGGAGGAAUUUUUCUUGGCACUGUUGCAACAGCAGGAAUGCUCGCAGGUUUUGGUACAACACUGUCUCUUGCAAAGAAGAAAAGCCCUCACUGGUUCAGUAAGGGUGCUACUGCCACAGCUUCCUUGCCAGAAAGUGGUGCAUCCUUUGCCUUGAGAGCUUUAGGUUGGGGAUCGCUGUAUGCCUGGUGUGGAGUGGGACUUAUCAGUUUGACUGUAUGGAAAGUACUUGGAGUACACAGUCUUAAGGAAUUCCGGGAGAAAAUGCAGUCUAUAUUUCCAGCUGUGCCUAGAACCCAAGAGCAGCCUUCCACUUCUGAGCCAUUCAGCCUGGAAAGCCUCCUGAAAUCGAAAUGAUGUAUCGGCACGUACCUGAUGGUAUCAACUUUAUAGUCUGGUUAGCGGAGCAGCUUCUGAAGUUACUUGGCUACACACUAUAUUGCAUGAAGUUCAUUUAUGAAUGAUGAAUGUGCAUUUAAUAUAUGCAAAAGGACUUCUGGACCCUUACAGAUAUUCUACGCAUAUUUGUUUCCAAAUGGAAAUGUAAUACUACUUCUUUAAGAAGGUUGUUAUAAAAGGAUUAUUUAACAACUGUAAUAGUGUAAAGAGUGGGUUACCUUAGUGACUUCUGAGUUCUUAAAAUGAAUUUCCAAAGCCAGACAUCAUUCAAAUAAGUGACUUCAUGAACAAAAUAAAUGAUUGAUCUCUACAGAUAUGAGUUUAGAAAAAGAAGAAAUCAACAGCUCAGACUUCCCUCUCAAUUUAUUGCUGUUACCUGCUAGUCCCUCACUCGUCCUUGGCGGAAAAGGAGCUGCAGUUUAGGGUCAGAAAUGGAAGUUACUUGUCUACCUUUUAGGAAGGCCUACAGUAUGGAUAAUUGUAGGAGCCACAGUACCAAGGAAAACCCUGGAACCAAACUUCAUACAUUCAACCUCCUAUAAGCACAGUGAGAGGGAUUUAUUAAAGUAGAUCUGAACCUGAUUACUAAAAUUGUAUAUAAGCUGCAACACUGUAAUGUAAUUUUAAAAGUUUUCAUUCUUUUUUUUAAAUCUGCAGCUUUCAUUAGAAAAAACCUGGUGAUCCUGUUAUGAAGGCCACUUGCUGUUUGGCAACUGUCUCAUAAUUGUGUUCCUGUGUUGCCACCUUGUAAUAUGAACCCCUGGUUGAGACUACAAGCGGCCAUGUUAAGAUAACACUGCAUAGGCAUGGCUCAUCAUUGUUACUACCAGGACGUCAGAACAGAGCAAUGCUAUCCAUAUUCACUGUACAGUGUCACAACACUGUGUGACUCACUUCCUGAUUAAAGUCCUGCAGCUGAUCUACAAGUUUCGGGUUCCCUGAAGAAGUCAUGGAUUGCAAAACAUGUAAAAUCAGUUGAAUCAUGACUUUCAGCCUGAGUUGAGAUACACAGUGCAGCAGCAGUGUACAACUCAUAUGUCCAUUUAUAUUUGAACAUUAUGUUGAUAGUGCUAAUACAUUAUGAAAAUGUGAAGUUACAUAUUUUUUUCUGGUUUCAUAAUAAAAAUAUUAUCCUAUGAAUAUUAUCCUA